AUGCAUCUUGCAUACUCGCUUGUCCCCCUAGCGCUUGCCCUCCACAGCGUCUGCUGCGCAGCGGCCGACAAGCCGGAGCCCAAGAUACCCGCCGACAAGAGCGUCAACGCGGCCGCCGCGCCGGCCGUGGGCGCCCUGGGCCAGCCCCUCAGCGACCUAGUCCCCGACAUCGUGCGCGACAUCGUGUCGCUAUUCAACGAGAAGGAGCGCCUCACGGCCGAGGUGGCCCUCCGGUACCGCGACCUCAACAUCCUCGUGUACGCCACCAGCCCGAGGUCGGACGACGCCGGCCUCGCCGGCAGCGUCUGCUACUCCAUCGACAAGCCGCUCGCCUUCUGGCGCAACAAGGAGUACCGCGUCUGCGUCUUGGAGACGGGCAGGUUCGUGUUCGCCGGCGAGGACAAGUGCGAGAACCGGGGCUACAGGGGAUGCACCACGCAGGCCGGCGGCAAGACGGUCGCUUUUUGCCGCCGCGUCCCGGGGGCGCCCGGGGAGGAGUCGUCGUCGACGGCCACCACCACCACGAGCAGGCCGAGCACGACGAAGCGUUCCACGACCAGCACCAAGACCUCGACCGGAAAGCCGUCUACCACGAGCUCCAGGUCCAAGGGCACGACAGCCUCCGCCGAGCCCACCGGCGGCGACCCCAGGGCGGGUGCCACGAGUACCGCUCCGCCUCCGCCUCCUCCCGUUGCGCCCCCCACGUCGGCGGGCGGAAACGCAAACACGGGCGCUGCUACCACGGGUGGGCAGCCUCCUGCGGGCUCGACGGUUGGACCUGCCAUGAUCGGAGUGCUUGCUGCUGUGAUGGUGGCUUUUGUGGCCGGAGCCUUACAAGGGGAAAAAUCUGCCAUGUAG